AUGGUAAAAAAUUUAAAUGAUGCCAUGCGUAAAAGGUUUUACGACAAAUGUAACGUGGAAUCAAAUAAAUUAUAUGCUGAAGCCACAAUACUAGAUCCCAGAUUCAAGAAAAACGGAUUUAGUGAUAUAACAAAAUAUGAGAAAUCAGUUGCAAAUUUAAAAAAAAAAUUUGAAGAAAAUUGUUUGGAUCUCCAAGUAAAAAAUAUGACUAAACAAACGGAACAUUCAUUGUCAGAAUCUGUAUGGCAAUACUAUAAUUCCGGAAAUUCCGUAAGUGAAUAUAGGUCGCAUGUAGCUGCAGGUGUUAUUGAAUUAAAUAGAUAUAUUAAUGAGCCAAUAGUAAGUCCUAACAAAGAUCCAUUAAAGUGGUGGUACUCAAACAAACUAAUUUAUCCUAAUUUGUAUCAAUUGGUAUUGAAAAGAUUAAAUAUCAUAGCAACUUCUGUGCCUUGUGAAAGAAUUUUUUCAAAAGCAGGGCUUACAUUGACUGAACGAAGAACCAGACUAAACCCAAAGCAUUUGGCUGAACUAUUAUUUAUCGGCAGUAAUACAGAAUCUUCUGUUAUUAACUUCCCGUAG